UAUUUUUCGUAUCACGCUGAUCAUUGACUGCAACUUAGGGGUAUCGUUAGUAUCAGUCAAUACUGUUUAGAAGUAGAACUGUCACACUCAAGCUACUAGCUUAGCGAAGUUGUUACCCACAGGGAAUGCCUACCAUACGUUUGCCUCAAAAUAAACUUUAGCUAACUGGCUAGCAACCGGAGCCGAAGUAUAUGCAUGUAGUUUGUUGAACAGCGUACUGCAUGACCGCGACAGCUUAGCUACGAACAAACCAGACCUAAAUACCUGCAUGAUUGGAAAACCAUGUUGACGAGUAAAAGUCUUCUGAAUAUUGUCAAGCUCGGGGGUGUACGAGAUAUUUACAGAUAUGUCACUACGUCCUGGGUACCGGUCGGGGCUGCUUUCAACGCAGUACAACACAAAAGUCUCGACCUACGUGAGAAAAAUGUGGGGUUGUUUGGCGUCCCCGAGCUGACCUCUCCCGGGGGGUUUGAGGUGGCCCAGGACCGCGCCCUGGCGGAGACCCGGUGCCUGGUGGAGCGGGCCUGCUGCGGCCCUCCAGGGCCACAGACCGUGCAGGCCUUCGACCAGCUGUCCGACAGCCUCUGCAGAGUGGCCGAUCUGGCUGAAUUCAUUAAAGUGGCGCAUCCGGACUCAGCUUUCCGCCAAGCUGCGGAAAAGACCUGCGUGAACAUCGGGACGGCGGUGGAGAAGUUGAACACUAACGUAGACCUGUGCAAAAGUCUGAAGAAUUUGUUAGAUAACGAAGAGGUUUUGGCUACUCUGGACCCAGAGACAAGGAGAGUGGCAGAGCUUUUUAUGUUUGAUUUCGAGAUCAGCGGCAUUCACCUGGACAAAGAAAAGCGGAAAAAGGCCGUUGGCCUGAAUGUCAGGCUCCUGGAUCUGAACAACGAGUUUCUCAUCGGCUCGCAUCUCCCAAACAAGAUUGAGAAGCGGGCAAUCCCUGACCACAUCCACCGCCAUUUCACCUCCGAUGGAGGCUACGUUCAGAUUGGCGGGCUGCACGCUGACUGCCCUGAUGACCUGGUUCGGGAAGCGGCAUAUAAGAUUUUCCUCUACCCCAGUGCUGCCCUGCUGCAGUGUCUGGAGGAGCUUCUGUCCUGCAGGAACGAGCUAGCUCAGCUGGUGGGUUACCAGUCCUUCGCACACAGGGCCUUGAAGGGUACGAUGGCGAAAACCCCAGAGAAUGUGAUGCAGUUCCUCACCCUCCUGACCCAAAGGCUCUCUGAGAGAACAGCCAAGGACUUUGAGAUGAUGACGGAAAUGAAGACUAAAUUGAACCCGAGAAACGCUGAGCUGAUGCCAUGGGACCACCCUUACCUGAGUGGUGUUAUACGUGCUGAAAGGUACAACAUUGAGCCCAGCCUGUACAGCCCCUUCCUGUCCCUGGGGGCCUGCAUGGAGGGUCUGGACGGCCUGCUCUCUGGGCUGUUCGGGGUGUCCCUCCGGCCCCAGCUGCCCCAGGCGGGCGAGGUCUGGAGCGCCGACGUCCGCAAGCUGGCUGUCAUGCACGAAGAGGAGGGCCUUCUGGGAUACAUCUACUGCGACUUCUUCCAGCGGCCGAACAAACCGCACCAGGACUGCCACUUCACCAUCCGCGGCGGGCGGCGCACGGAGAGUGGGGAGUAUCAGCUGCCUGUGGUGGUGCUCCUGCUGAGCCUGCCCCCCCCCUCCAGGGGCGCGCCCCCCCUGCUGACCCCCAGCAUGCUGGAGAACCUGUUCCACGAGAUGGGCCACGCCCUGCACUCCAUGCUGGGCCGCACCCGCUACCAGCACGUCACCGGAACACGCUGUGCCACUGACUUCGCUGAGGUGCCCUCCAUUCUCAUGGAGUACUUUGCCACCGAUUUCCGCGUGGUCAGCCAGUUCGCCCGCCAUUACCAGACCGGGCAGCCUAUGCCAGAGAGCAUGGUCGCCCGUCUGUCUGAGUCCAAGAAGAUCUGUGGGGCGGCCGACACUCAGCUGCAGGUGUUUUAUUCGGCCCUGGACCAGAUUUACCACAGUAAGUCCCUCGACCGGUCGACCAUGGAUGUUCUGCAAGAGGUUCAGCAGAAGUUCUACGGUCUGCCGUACGUUCCCAACACGGCGUGGCAGUUGAGGUUCAGCCACCUGAUUGGCUAUGGGGCCAAGUACUACUCUUACCUCAUGUCCCGAGCAGUUGCCUCCAUGGUGUGGAAGCAGUGCUUCGCCCAGGACCCCUUCAGCAGGGUCAUGGGAGAGCGUUAUCGGCGGGAGAUGCUGGCUCAUGGUGGCGGGAUGGAGCCCCUUCUCAUGGUUCAAGGCAUGCUGCAGAAGCGUCUCUCUCUGGAGGACUUUGUGGAUGCCCUGGUGUCGGACCUGAACCUAGACUUUGAGACCUUCAUUAUGGAUUCUGAGAGCUGAGUGACCUUUGACCCAUUCAGCCAUGGGUCUGUUCGUUUCAGCGCUGGGCAGCGCGGAGCAGCCUCUCCUUCCCCCGGCGAUUAUGUGCAUUUGGACUUCCAUCACACAUUCAUACUGACUGCAGGGUUUGUCACCAACUUGGUGUUUACAAAUUAAAGUCAUUAUGUUUGCCAAAGAAUGCUGAAAAACAUUUUUCUUACUGGUAAAUGUGUCAGUUAAAGUUGUUCCUUUAUUUCACUGUCAGUCUCUCACAGACCACAACACAAAACUGAUGUAAUGACAUGUGAAGGCAUCUGUACUCAUUGCUGUUUCAGCUACACUGUACAGUUAUGUUUCCAUGGUUGCCUGUGGCUUUAAAGAAGUAUUUUUCUCCUA